CUGAAAUGCCAUUGCCUUCACCUAUGCCUCAAACAUUAGGUAAUAAAUCUUUACUAUUUCAUCCCCGUGUAGCUGAAGAAGCAGAUAUUUUACUUAGCCUUCGAGAUGAUGCUUUGGUACCACAACUAAUUCAAUCUUUAAUAAAUACCUCGUCGGACCAUAUACAAUUGAAAGAUAAAUAUAUGUACACAGAACAUUAUAACAAUCAACAAAACAUACCUGAACUUCUUAAAGCAAUAUUACAUCAAAAUGCUAAUGUUUUUAGAGGACCACCACCAAUAUUUCAACAACAGCAAGAGAAAGAAAAAAAUAUUGAAACCAAAASUGUACAUCAACUUCACGAAAUAAAUAGUUUUGAGACAGCAUUGAUUGAUCAACAUGAUUUGUCACAUAAUGAACUAUUAGAGAAUUCUGAGAUAUUGAAUGAGCUUCCUUCUCAACAACAACAACAACCUGUCAUAGUUAGAACACCUCCUGAAAAAUUAUCUAGAUUGAUGUUAGAUGAUGAAGAUGAUAAAAUACUAGGGGAUGCUGAGAUUACAGAAAAUGAUAAAAUAAAUGUUCAAAACUUGGAGCGUCAAUUUUCUCAAAUAACAAAUAAUUAUGAUGUUUUCUUAAAUCAACCAACAAUUUCAUUAACUCGAAUUGAUCUUAGUCAACAUGUUGUGAGCAAAAAAAAUAUGUUAAACAUGGAAGAAUUGACAGAAGAUAAUGAUUUUGGGUUAGCUCUUGCUGAGAGACCAUCAAUUUCAAAUCAAG